CCUCCCAUCAUGCUACAUCACUUUAGGCUUCACAAGUCAGUGGCUGGUGGUAGACCGCGGUGUCUUCCUCACCAGUUUAUGCUCCGAAGAAAUACUUCUACAUUACCAAGAUAUAGAUUGUACUGCAUCAUCCGAGGAAAAAAAGGUGUGACUACUACUACUACUACUUAUUUUAGUCUCUUGAGAACUUUGAAUCCGCCAUGGGACUCGUAGAUGAUGUUCUCAACGCUCCUGGCGUGACAGAUGAGCAACGACAAGCUGCGACCAGUCGCAUAAACUCAGACCCCGGAGUUCCAGACAAUACAAGGACGGCCAACCCAUUUUGGCUCGAAGAUCCCUCACCAAUAUCCAAUGUUCACUCAAAAACUCUCCAGAAGGAAGUCGAAAUUGUGAUCAUCGGAUCAGGAAUCACAGCAGCAUCAGUGGCUCGAGAACUCCUGACCAAGGCUGAUACAACAACACCCAAAAUUGCAAUUCUUGAUGCUCGAGAUAUCUGCAGUGGAGCAACGGGAAGGAAUGGAGGUCAUAUCAAUGAAGCUGGUUUCGACGUGUACGCCAGUAUUGCUGAAAUCUUAGGGAAAGAUAUUGCAGCAAAAAUUACUCGCUUCAGAUUGGGCCACCUUCCUCUGCUUCUAGAAACUGCUCGAAAGGAAAACUUGACAGAGGAGACACAACUUCGGACUGUCGAAUCUGUGUUCGCUUUCUUUGACUCGACCCGAUUUCUGGAAGCGAAGGCAGCUUUGGAAUUGUUCAGAGCUGACAUGCCACUCGAAUCACGAGAUCAUCGACUCUACGAGGCAGAGGAUGCUCGCAAGAGAUUUCUUCUUCCAGACAUAUGUGGUGCCAUUACAUAUCCAGCAGGGGCUGUAUGGCCCUACAAGCUUGUUGCCGGUAUUUUCGAACGGCUCUUGCAGUCAUACGGGUCCAACAUAUGGUUAGAAAGCCAAACGCCUGUGAACACAAUUCUCCCACCCGACCACGAAAACUCGAAAUUUACCAUUGUAACUCCACGGGGAAACAUCAAAGCAACGCAUGUGAUUCAUUGUACAAAUGCUCACGCCGUGCACCUCAUCCCAGGAUUACGGGGCCACAUCGUGCCCCUCAGAGGCCACAUGUCUGCUCAAGCUCCAGGCAAAUCUUUUCCCGACCAGUCUCACCGCUCGUGGUCAUUCAUAUAUGCUAGAGGAUUUGACUACCUGACUCAACUCCUUCCCCGCUACCCUGCUACGAGUCCACUUUGUACUGGAAGCGAGCUCAUGAUGGGAGGCGGUUUCGCACAGGGUUCUGGAGGAGGUGUCGAGGAUGUGGGAGUCGCGACAGAUACCUGCGAUUUUGAUUUCUACACCAAGGUUCAUCUUUCUGGUAUUUUGAGAGCUGCGUUUGCUGAAGAUAAAUGGGGCGAAGAAGACAGCAAGCCCAUCAAAUCUAUGUGGACGGGGAACAUGGGGUUCACGCGUGACAGUCUACCUUUUGUUGGAAAAGUUCCCUCGUCGUUGACAGGACGCAAGUUGCAUCAAAAGUCGCUCGGCUCGGAGUGGAUUGCUGCUGGAUUCAAUGGAGAGGGGAUGGUGCAUGCCUGGAGAAGUGGUAUUGCUGUUGCUCAGAUGGUGCUUGAAGACAUUGAUCCGAAGUCAUGUUACGGGUGGCAAGAAUGGUUCCCAGAACAGUUGUUGAUUACUGAGGAGAGGUUGAAGGUGUCGGCUCAGGGGCUAUAGAAAGUGUGAACACGACAAUAAUGGAUGUAUUACAAGGAUGAUGGCUCCAACUUAAUACUGAUAUCCUCCUUUGAGCUUGUUUACUUAUUUGAUGUAUCAUUUCUCGCUGUAAACCGCAUUGGCAUGUCGGUUCAAAGGACAAGCGAGGUGUAAGGGAUGGAAGAAUAUACGAUACAUAUGCCGGAAAGCUGCCUAUUCUUGGUAGAACCUCAGCUCAACCUAAUCGUCAAACAAGUUAGGAAAGAUUUGUUGAAAAGGUAAAUAAAUGGACAGAGACAUACAAAUGGGGCCCAGUCUCAAUUCCACCUGUCAACAAAUAUUACCUCAAAAACCAAUCUCCAAACCCCUUAGAGCGUGGCGUGUCCGAAGCUUUGAGCUUCAGCUUAGUUCCGGUAUCCCCUAACGAGCUUCAAAGUCACCAAACUCCCCUCACCCCAUGCGAUGGUUAUCUUCAUCCUCUGACUUGAUUGAUCAAGAUUCUGGUGAUAAUAUUGAGCGUUUUGCCUCAUAUGCCAGAAUCUAUCUCUGCUACAGGGAUACAGUCCAGUCUACAGGGAUACAGUCCAGUCUCCCGAAGCCCGUGGCCAACAUUUAUAUACGUGAAAGAACCCAGUUAAGUUGCAACCUCUGGCUGAUAUGAAAAAUAUAUUCACACCCACUCGGCACUCUCACCCCC